AUGGGUUUAAUGGCUCAAGAAAUUGGCGUGACAGGUUCCAUUUCAUCUUUUGGAAGAAUUUACAUCACUGGUCUAGGUGAUCAUCUGUUGGUUGUACUAGAACCUAUUAUAAGUAGUUGCCUUGUUAAGACUGCUAAUUGCGAGAUGCAUAAUGAUGAUCUCAAUUGGAUUCAAUGUAGCAGUAAGCUCAGUCAUUUUACGUUUUCAAGUUCAUUUAAGUUGACGCUUCAAUUUACAAAGGAUUAUCCAAAUAAGCCACCAAUAGUGAGGUUUAUUUCACGAAUGUUCCAUCCAAAUAUUUAUGCAGAUGGAAGUAUUUGUCUGGAUAUUCUACAAAAUCAGUGGAGUCCAAUAUAUGAUAUAGUUGCUAUACUGACAUCUGUCCAGUCAUUGCUCUGUGAUCCAAACCCAAAUGCAGAUUUUCCCUUUUUCUCAUUUCAAUCACUGCUCUAUGAUCCAAACGCAAACUCACCUACAAAUUCAGAAGCAGCAUGGUUGUUUAGUGAGAACAACCGUGAACACAAUCAGAGGGUGCGUGAAAUUGUCGAUCAGAGGUGGACAGAAGACUGGAUCCCUCCUGCUUUGGGUGCUAUAGCAUGUAAUUAA